CGCUAGGAAGCAUGGGGUCUGACCGCUCAGAGUUUCUCUCUUCUGUCGGUAUUUUCAGCUGAGGAUUCUUGUCGAUAAACGAAGAGAUUUUGUAAAGGUUGGUUUUGACUCACAGGAAGUAGGCUGCUGUUGGAAUAAUCCGUCAUUGGGAGAGUGCCCAAACAAUGGAGCCACAGAGGAAACGCCGGAAAGGGUCAGCGUGUGACACGGACUCCUGGGUGGCUUAUCCUGUACUGUCAGAUGAGCAGUCACAAGACGUUGAGCUGAUAGAGGCAUUUGCUGCACCCAUUGUUGACAAGAAAGAGACAUCCAGACUUGUUAGAGAGCUGAAUGGCCUCUAUCCAAUGAUAACCCUUCAACACAUCAAGAGGGUGCGGGCUUGCAAAGAGGAGGGUAGCCCCCACCCUCUGGAGGUCUUGGUUUGCUUAGUCAGUGAUGCACAUGGUCAGGAAAAGAUGGUCAGCAUUGAUUCCCUGCUGCCUUCAGAUUUUCGACGUGAUGGAUUGGGUGAGCCAUUUGUAGUUAAGGUUCCUGCACGCCCCCCUUUAACCCGACCCCAGUUCGAGAUUGCAAGUAAACACUGGCCACUAGCCUUUCACGAGGACAAGCAGGUAACGGUCGCCCUGAAGGGGGAACUCUUCAGCCCCCUUCAAAAAGCCAAAAUGCACAUGUACAUGACAACUGCACUGACUGCUGCCAAAGCAGGGAGGGAAGGGGGGAUGGAGGCGGUGGGGGCUGUAGCUGUCGACCCCGCCAUGGAUAGAAUAAUUGCAGUGAGCCACGACUGCAGGGGCAAGCAUCCCCUCCAUCAUGCCGUCAUGGUCUGCAUUGACCUCGUGGCUCGGAGCCAGGGUGGUGGAUGUUACUCUUAUGACCAAUAUCCAGCAUGCCAUUUUUCUUCACCAUCCUCAAAUCCCUUUGAAAACACAUCAGAGGGAGAGCCAGCCUUUCAGCCGUACAUAUGCACUGGGUACGACCUUUAUGUAACACGAGAACCUUGUGUCAUGUGUGCCAUGGCACUGGUCCACUCCAGAAUAGGUCGCGUGUUCUAUGGGACCACCUCGGCCGAUGGAGCCUUGGGGACCAAAUAUAAACUCCACACUCAGAAAGAUCUGAACCAUCGCUUUGAGGUUUACAGAGGACUUCUGAGCAAGCAGUGUGAGGAUCUGAAUGGGCUGGAAGACCACUUUGAAAAGGAACAUUUGAAGGAGUAAAGACUAACAUUUAAUUGACUGUCAAAUUUGAAUAUGGAGACAGACCUCAAAAACUCCUUGUUUUGCAAUUGGAAUAACAUUUCUAUUUUACACAAAUUUAUGAAUAAAAUUUUUAAUAGGUAGAGUUUCUGGAAAGUGUCAUUGGAAAACAGUUGCUUCCUACACACGGUGCUGACCUUCCAUUAGGUGGUUUAGAUGACCUAACAAAUGUAGGUCUCUCAGAUGGUGUCAAAUUAAAUGACAAACCUGAGAGGGAUCGUUAUCUGUAGAAUGACAAUAUACCAUCUUUAGGACACAAAGGCUCACUGGAUGGUUUGAGGUGAAUGAUGUGAGUCAUGUUAGACUUGUUUCACCAACAGUGUUGUGACAAAGUAUUUACCCCUUCCUGAUUUCUUAGAUUUUUGCAUAUUCAUCAAACUUAAAUCUUUUAGCUCAUCAAACAACUGUAAUAUAUGACAAAGGUGACUGAGUAACUAAAAAAAAUGCAGUUUUUAAAUGAUGAUUUCAUUUAUUGACGGAAAAAAAAUGACUGAAAUAACUAGCCCUGUGGGAAAAAGUAAUUGCCUCUAAACCUAAUAAGUGGUUGUGCCACCCUUGGCAUCAACUAAAGCAAUCAAGCAUUUAUAAUAACUGUCACUGAGUCUUAUAUGUCGUGGAGGAAUUUUUGCUCCUUCUUUACAGAAUUUUUUAAAUUCAGCCACAUUGGAGGGUUUUUAGCCACAGCAUCUCAAUCAGAUUUAAGUCUGGAUUUUGACUAGGCCGCUCCAAAACCUUAAUUUUGUUUUUUUAAGACCUGGACUUGCUGGUGACAUGAACAUCUGCUUGUUGGUGUGUUUCAAAUCAUUGUCCUGCUGCGUAACCCAAGUGCGCCUGAGCUUGAGGUCAUGACCUGAUGGCCAGAUAUUCCCCUUUAGGAUUUUCUGGUAGAGAAUAGAAUUCAUCCAUCAAUUCCAGAGGGUCAUCCAGGUCAUGAGGCAUCAAUUAGGCAGCAAAGCAGCCCCAGACCAUCACAUAUCACCAUCAUGUUUGACUGCUGAUGUGAUGUUCUUUUUAUGAAAUGCUGUGUUAGUUUUAAGCCAGAUGUAAUAAUGCACACCUUCCAAAAAGUUCAAUUUUUUUGUCCCAUCAGUCCACAGAAUAUUUUCCCAAAGGUCUUGUGGAUCAUCCAGGUGUUUUUUGGCCUUUGUGUGUUUUAUGAUCAUCAGUGGUUUUAACCUUUGACCUCUCAUGGAUGCCAUUAUUCCCUUUUGUUUCUUUCUAAUUGUUCAGUCCUGGACACUGACCCUGGCUGAGCCAAGUGAGACCUGCAGGUCUUUAAAUGUUGUCCUGGUUCUGUUGUUCUUCCUAGAACCUUUUCUAGACUGAUAGAUGUCAGUGACUUUGUUUCUCAUCUGUUCUUGAAUUUCUUAACAUCACCACAUGAUGUUUAGCUUAAUGAAAAUGUGGUCACAGUCAAUUGGUGAUGUAAUAAUGAGGGAAAUUACUUUUUCACAUGAGGCCAGGUAGGUUCAAGUAUCUUUUUUUGCUUAAUAAAUUAAAUCAUUUAAAAACUGCAUUUUGAUUUAUUCAGGUCAUCAUUGUCUAAUAUAAUUUCCUUGAUUAUCUGAAACAUUUAAGUAUGACACAUGCAAAAUUGUAAGAAAUCAGGAAGGAGGCAAAUACUUUCUCACAGUACUGUACGUUAAAGCAUCAAAUUAGAUAAAUGUAUUCUGUGGUUGGGAUGGUGUUGAUCCCUCCAGCAGAGGUAACAAACCAUUGAAUCAUUGCCAUUAAAGCUUUUCUAGUGAUGUGGAAAAACACUUUACUGAGACAUUUUGUUGGUUUUUCCCUUCAUUUAUCAUCCAUCGGUGCAUAUACUGCAUUUUUCUAAAAAGGCACAGGCUGAUGCUUCACUUAGUGUAAAAUACUUGACCAACAUAAAUCUAUGAAUAAUGGAAAUAAUUCUUGCAUUUCAUUUUGUACAUUUAAAUCUGUUCCCACCAACCUAAAACCCUGCUGAUAUAUUUUUUAAUUUUUGAUGUUAUUUUUUAAAUCUUAUCUUACAUUAACAAGGAGAGAGAUUCAAGAUAAAGUGCUUAAAAGUUUGUGUCAUAUUUGAUUAAGCAAAUUUGUUCACAUGUUGUAGGGCUGGAAAUGCAAGUUCAUCCAUAGCACUGUUGCAGCUGGACUUGACUGGCCUGGGUUUGGUUGUUUUUACAAGUCUAUGUAAGAAUAUAAUCACUUCAUCUUUGUGACUAUGCAUGUAUGAAACUUAGUGUUUAUGAGGCUCCUGUUGAAAUGUUACAGAUUUGCAGUUACCCAACUACGAAUACAAGCAGCAGAGCUGUUAAUUCUUUCCUCCAAGUAUAUGUAUUACAUUUAAUACUUAAUUACUUUACGAACAGCUGCUUGUAACUGGGCAACUGAUGUGAUUUAGAGAUGAAAGGCUGUAAAAUUCAACCAUGAACCUAUCAGAAAUAUAAACAAAUUUCAGGUUAGAGAAUGCAUAAGAGCUUUUACCAAAACAAGUAUAUUCCAAUGUAA